AUGUGUUCACUAACUUGUAAGUACGUACCUAAGCUGACCUUUCCGAUGAUACAAACCGGAUGACCCUUUCGACUGAACGCCGGUCAUCAAUUUAGAACCAUCGGUAUAUUCGCUCACAUAAGUUGUAUCACGCUUUAAUUAGUUCGGUAUGCAUUCCACAUUUAAGGCAUUAUCACUGCUGGAAUGACCGCUGACAUACCGGUUUCCGGUGAAACUGAUCGCUUAUCGCGAAUUCAGAAUUUGUUCCAGGAUACCGCUGCUCCGCGUCCCACUUCGACAUACUCCGACAAGGUCAAAGUGGGAAACUGGUACGAAGACCAAAUUCAGCGACAAUAUCGAGGCGAUUUAUUAUCAAACAUUCAACCAUUGUCUUACGAUUGGGACAUUUCGGGAAAAGUAGGGAGCUGUGAUGACCACGUCCGCAAAAACGAAUACCAGGAAAAGAUGCUUGGAGAUGUGCAGCAUCUUGGCGUACCCCCGAAUAUAUGCGAAGUGAAGCCGGAUACCUGUUUUCCAGAAGAUGGUAAAGGUUUGGAGGCACCGCAACCACGACGACUGCAUGCACCGUACAAUGAGCUCGAUGACCCCCGCUGGAACUGGGUGUUUGAUAAAAAUGAUGAGGAUAAUAGUAAUGGUAUGAAGACAAAUUUUGGCAAUCGCGCCAACCAUCCGAUAUACGAAGGAUCUGAGCCGGCAUUCAAAAUCCCUCCUGUAUGCCAACACAAGAGAGAUUUUUUCCCGGUGAAUAUUAACUGGGGACUGGGAUUUGAUUACCGCAAAAAGGUGGCCGAGGAAAACAAUACGGACAAAAAUCGCUGGAUAACGACUUACCGAUUGGCAUAUUGGCCAGUACCUCUUCAGCCAUAUCCAUAUGUAGAUCCGCCUUGUUUGCCGCGACAGAAGCCCUUGGUCUUUUACCGUCGACCCGAACUUGGGAACAAGGCGGACGUCCCCAUAAGUCCAGCUUUGCAACGACGACCUCCCAGGGGUCAAUAAGGUCUAAAAAAAAGCAUCUGUCAUUAAUGAGGUAGAAUUCAGUGUGAUCUACGCCUUGUACUACGUAUAUAUAAGAAGUAAAUGAACUGAACGGCGGAAUAAUGUUCUAAAACAGUAUGGCGUAGUGACCGUACAAACGUUUAUGGCAUCGUUUUUAGUACUACCGCAGUACCGCUAUAUAUCAGCAAUAAUUUUUGUGUCGGAUUACGCAGUGACUUGUUACUGAAUUGAUCUAAUAUUACUUUUGUUAACAACACGAGCCUGUUAUGUAUAUACUUGUGCUCACUUGAUUAAUUAACUUAAUCUUGAUCGUAAUA